AGAUUAGAGAAACUAGGAAGCGUGCUUUGCAAUGGUCUUUUCUCUCAUAAAUAUUGACUGUUGUCUUCUUUGAGAGAGAGAUAAUAAAGUCGCCUCUUUUAAUAUUUUCUUUGUUCUGUGAAGGUAAGCAGAAAGCACUAAGCACAUAUCUCGAGAGUUCUUCAGAUGGAUUACGGAGAAGAUGGUGGCCCCUCAUGGAAUUGGCAAACGCAGAGCUAUGAUCACCCACCACAGUCUACUUUCCCUGAUGUGACCAUGACUGAAGUCACUUUAAACCAAGAAGACCACUCCUACAUGUUUGAUGAUGAUUCCACCCCGGUCAAGGCCUGUAGCGAGCUGGGUUAUCAUGUCACAACAGAUGAAACCAUCAAGAAGAUGGAAGUGCAGCAGAGUGAGACGCGCUCUGCUGUAAAGAGGCGUCGGAUGUUGCACUUCGAAGACCGGCCUAUGGAAACAUCCCUCUUCAGCUCUGAGUGUUUCUCUUCAAUCCUUAAAUCAAGCGCUAGAGAUGAAGCAUAUGAUGAGCUUUUACCCGAAGGAUCUCAGCUUAUACAAGGGUUUUCAGAAGACGCAUCUGCCUCAAGCUUGGAGGGUCUUGAUCUAUACGCAGAGGAGUGGUACGCUGAUUGCUUGAAUGACCCCGAGACUCAAACCCUACCUGAUGACUUAAGCUUUGGUUCCCCUGAGGUCCAGAUAGAUGUUUCAGAGUACUUAACCGUGCCACCAGAAACAGAAACCAGAGAAGUCAGGAGGCCAGUGACUAGAUCUUCUCCAAAUGUUAUCUUUAAAGGUAGGAAGUCAUUUGCAAGGCCGGCUCCAAAGCUACCAUCAUCUAUUAUCUACCCAUUUGCGUUCAUCAAACCGUGUGGGGUUCAUGGAGACAUGACUCUCAAGGACAUCAACCAGAAAAUCCAAACUCCACCAGCUAAGCCAAAGGAAGACAAGGAAGAGGCUCCGGUGAUCCAAACCUCAGCGUUCUCAGGGAAACCAGUUGUUGGGAAGACUAAAAUCCGCACUGAAGGAGGCAAAGGAAGCAUCACAAUAAUGAGGACGAGAGGCUAAGCUUAAAGAAAAUCUAAACUUUUUUGCCUUAUUCUCAUAGGCCCUUCAAUAGUCAAGGAGGGUCUUUAAUCAAAGUACAGCGGCUAAUAUUAUGAAUCAAGUUCUUGUUUUCAUUUUGGUAUCUUUUGUAAGAAAGUGGAACUGAUCAAGGAUCUGAUAUUAUGUGGUAGGAUGUUUUUUGGUUUGUAUAAAAAGUUUCUUAGUUCUUAAA